CGGAAGGUUUCACUUUCAGCUCUGUUGGCUAGCUGCGUGGUCUAUCACCCUCGCCAUACUUCCUGCCAUUAACGACUUCUCUCCAUCUCUACGUAGAAAUCACUAUAUAUAUGUGUGUAUGCGUCAAACGUAAGAUGGAGAGAGAGAAAAGGGUAAUGGGAAUUGACGAGGACCUGGUCAAAUCGAUGUGCAAUUCCCCCAAAACAGCACAAUCUCUCUGAAUUUAUAAUGGGUGGUUUUCGAAAAUCAGAGAUUUUUUUUGUUGGCGGACGAAAUGACGCAAUUUUAAAACACCCUCCCAUUCUCCUGUCCAAAAGGUCCUGCUAUUUUUUUUUGUCGCUGCACACAUAUGUAAAAGCGCUGGCAUUUGAUAAUGGCCCUAAAUUCGGCACCACAAUCAAACUUACAAAAUGCAAUCUUGAGUAACCAUAUACACGGACCUCUUCACCACCCAAAUCGGUCAAGCAUGGAAAAGAUUGAGGUAGAGAACCCUGAGGAUGAAAAGAAGUGUAAACGUAACUCUUUCAAGCAUAAGGCCAUUAGUGCCUCAAAGAGGUUUAAAACUUCCUUCAUCAAAAAGGGAAGGAGGAAUAGUAGAGUCAUGUGUGUUGUUGUUGAAGAUGUUCAUGAUGCAGAGGAAAUAAAGGCAGUGGAUGCUUUACGUCAAGCUUUGAUAGCAGAAGAAUUAUUACCUUCAAACCAUGAUGAUUACCAUAUGAUGUUAAGAUUCUUGAAGGCCAGGAAAUUCGAUAUUGAGAAAACCAAGCAAAUGUGGGCUGAUAUGCUCCAAUGGAGGAAGGACUUUGGUGCAGAUACCAUCACGGAGGAUUUUGAAUUUAAAGAAAAGGAAAAUGUUCUUGAAUACUACCCUCAAGGGCAUCAUGGUGUUGAUAAAGAUGGAAGACCUAUUUAUAUCGAGAGAAUUGGUCAAGUUGAUGCUACAAAGCUUUUACAAGCCACAACACUGGAACGUUAUAUAAAAUACCAUGUAAUGGAGUUUGAAAGAACCUUUACUCAUAAGUUCCCAGCCUGCUCAAUUGCUGCCAAAAGACACAUCGAUCAAAGCACCACCAUUCUUGAUGUUCAAGGAGUUGGACUAAAAAGCAUGAACAAAGCUGCUAGGGAACUUAUCCAAAGUCUCCAGAGCAUUGAUGGAAACAACUAUCCCGAGACUCUAUCUCGCAUGUACAUAAUUAACGCGGGGUCCGGCUUUAGGCUACUGUGGAACACAAUCAAAUCCUUCCUUGACCCAAAAACUACAGCCAAGAUUCAUGUUAUGGGAAACAAAUACCAGAGCAAGCUCCUGGAAAUCAUUGAUGCCAGUGAACUUCCGGAUUUUUUGGGUGGUAGUUGCAGUUGUGAAGAUAAAGGCGGUUGCAUGCGAUCCGAUAAAGGUCCAUGGCAAGAUCCAGAUAUCAUGAAGAUGGUUUCUAAUGGCGAACACAAGUGUUCCAAGGAUGCAGUUAUAGAAGAGAAAACCAGUUCUGAGGAUCAGUUUGGUGUUACUAUGCAAAGGGAACACAUCAGGCCCUCACAACUUUCUCCUGUUCAAGAAGAAGAUUGUGUAAGGAAUGGAAAGGAGAGCAAAGAUUGUAAAGCUGCAGAGGAAAAGGCGGAUGAUGAUUGGGAGGUUAGUUCUUCUAGUGGUAAGCUAGGGAACCAGGUGGUUACAGGCUUGAUGACGUUGUUUAUGGGGAUUGUGACAAUGAUGCGGAUGACUCGUGAAAUGCCCAGAAAGCUAACCAAUGCCACUCUGUAUUCCACUGGUUUUUUAGACGAUGACAAUAAAAAACCCACCAUUUCAAGGACUGAAUACCAGAACUUGAUGAAACGGUUAGCGGAUCUGGAGGAGAAGGUGGUUGCCCACAACAGCAAAACGGCUGAGCUGUCCCCUGAGAAACAAGAGUUGCUCAACACCGCUUUGCAUCGUCUUGAUGCCUUGGAAACAGAGCUUGCUGCUGCCAAUAAAGCUCUUGAUGAGUCGCGUGUUCAACAACAACAAAUAGUGGCGUUUUUAGACAAGCAGAAGAGAAGGAGGAGGAAGAAGAAGAAGUUUUUUUGUUUUCAGAACAACAUAUGAUACUAACGAAAAAAAAAUGAGGGGAUAUUUUUUUAAAAAGCUCCAUUUGUAGAUAUAACUUUACACCAUCUAUUGCUCCAUCAAUAAACCUUGGCUUUAUUUUUUUUGCUGAUUCAUAAC